CCGGGCGGGCGGCGAAAAGCAUAACGAAACCCAACGACAAGAAGGCGAGGAAGAAAAAAGAAUAAAUAAAUAAAGAGAAGCGAAAAGGCGAAAAGCGAGAGCCUCGCCCCCGAUCCCCCGCACCGCCCGCCGGCGAUCGCCGCCGCCGCGGAUGCGAUGCGCUCCCCCUCCGGCGGCUGCGGCGGCAGCAGCGUGGUGGCCCGCGCACCAGGGUGGUGAGGGAUCCGCCACCGCGCGCCCCGGCUCCUGCGCCUCCGAGCUCGGCCCCUUCGGGUUCGCCCGUGCCCACGCUCGCGCCGACGCCGCCGCGGGCUGCCGCGGAUUCGCCGACAUGUGGCUCUUCUGGCGCACGAGGAACCGCUUCUCCCUCGAGGAGCUCCGGUAUCUAACAGAUCAGCUACAAAAGGUUCAUGUUGUCAAUGAAGCUAAUAAGGAUUUUGUGAUUGAAGCAUUGAGAUCAAUUGCGGAACUGAUGAUAUAUGGUGACCAGCAUGAUCCGUCAUUUUUUGAAUAUUUUAUGGAGAAACAGAUCAUGGGUGAAUUUGCUCGAAUACUGAGGAUUUCUAAGCUGUCGAGAGUGUCACUCCAGUUGCUACAAACAAUGAGUAUCAUGAUCCAAAAUUUAAGAAAUGAUCAUUCAAUUUACUAUAUUUUUAGCAAUGAGCACAUCAACUUCUUGAUAAUGUACCCUUUCGAUUUUCAAAUUGACGAGAUGCUAUCGUACUACAUAUCUUUUCUAAGGGCAAUAAGCGGGAAGUUGAACAAAAAUACAAUUUCUUUGCUCGUGAAGAUGAAAAAUGAUGAGGUCACGUCCUUUCCUCUUUAUGUUGAGGCCUUGAAGUUUGCAUUUCAUGAGGAUAGCAUGAUUCGAGUAGCUAUACGUACCUUGACACUCAAUAUCUAUCAUGUUGGAGAUGAAUCUGUCAACAGAUUUGUUUCCUGUGUGCCACUGUCAGAUUAUUUUUCAGACAUGGUCCAGCAUUUUCAAAAGCAGUGCAUUGACUUGGAUAAGUUGGUUGCGCGUUCUUCACGAAAUGCAAAUUCCUCUUUGCCAAUGGCUUCUGUUGAAGAUGCAAUUGUGCAAAUUGAAGAUACACUGUAUUAUUUUAGUGACAUUAUGUCUUCUGGUAUUCCUGAUCUUGAAAGGUUCAUCACUGAAAAUAUCUUGCAAGUUUUGGUAUUUCGACUCUUACUCCCAUCAUUACAGAGGCAGAGCACAGAUUUGAGCAUAAGUGUCACUACUUCCAUGUAUUUGCUUUGCUGUAUACUGCACAUUUUUAAGAACAAGGAUAUGGCAAGUACUGUAGCUGCUGCUCUUUUUCAUCAACCUGAUUGCCCUGAUAAUAAGCAAGGGACACCUAAUGGUUGUACCUCUGAGCAUGAACCUAGCUUGUCUGAGAAUCAAUGCAGCAGUGCCUCUGCUGUUGAGCAAUCAAAUGAAGACAAGCUGAAUUCUCUGUCUUCUGUCCGAUGGCAAUGCUUGCCUGAUCAUUUGUCGCCAAGUGAUUGCUGCCAAGGCAACACACCGAGAGAACACUUGCUGUCCUAUAUCACAGGCGGGAAUGAUUCGCAAGCUUUGGGCUCGUUGUGCUUAUUUGCUACAUUGUUGCAGACGAAAGAACUUGAUGAGUCGAUGCUUGAUGCACUUGGAAUACUCCCUCAACGAAAGCAGCAUAAGAAGCUUCUGUUACAAGCUCUAGUAGGUGAAGACCUUGCUGAAAGACAGUUAUUUCCAUCAAGUAGCAGUGUCACCGAUGACACCAUUUGCAGCGAUUUUGAUAUUUAUGUAAGGAAGCUUCAGGAUAAAUAUGGGCUACAGUGUUGGCAUCCACGGCAAAUGACUUCCAAAGUUCACAGAUAUCAGGUGCUCGAUGCGUUAGUCGCCCUUUUCUGCAGAUCAAAUGUAUCUGCAGAUGUUCGCUUGGUUGGUGGCUGGCUUUUCCGGCAACUGCUGCCCCAUGGAGAGGAAGAAUUCACUGCUUUUCAUCUAAGACGGUUAAAGGAUUCACACAAGGAUUGCAGUGCAAAACUUUUGGAGGAAUCUGGAGGAUGCUGGUGCGACAUGCUUCUUCCUAUUGUUAAAGAGGCUUGGAGGAACUGCAAGAAAGCAAUUGAGGCAUCUUCACCACCAAAAGGAUCCAAUUCUAUUAUUGUACCCUUGUAUUUGUGCUCAUUUGGAGGUGAUUCUUCUGUUGCUAUCGCAGAGAGAAUCCAUGAGAUGGUUAAGUGUUGCGCUCUUGCUAGUUGUAGAACUACAAAAGAAGGUGAAGAUUGCCAAGCCCAAAACCCACCCGAAUACAUCGGAUACACUCCAUGCAUCUCCAAGACCAUAGAGACCUCUAAUUCCUGCAAGCAUCCAUGGGGGAAAGGAGAGAUCAAUUCUAACAGACAGGUGGAAGACUCACAGUCACACUGAACCGCUAAUAUCGGCACAGGAGAUGAAGAGAGGUUGUAGAAGGUCGGCUUGUCGCAACUAUGAGUUGCAAUGGCUUACGGUGCUGCACAAUUGAUUCAGUGUUUCUGGAACUACAGGAAGGGAAUUGGAUUGUUUGGUCAGUUUUUCAAUGCCGUAUCAUAUUGGGGUUGCUUGAUGAGACUAUGGAACUUUGAGUGUAUUUCAGUAUAGUUUUUUUUUUCUUUUGAGUCAAAGAUUAUUUGGAUUAUUCAGAUCGUACCGACAGAUUUGGAUCAGAACAAGAUUAAUCCCGUAUUACCUGAAUCCGAGUUCCAACUAUUUGGAUGCUAAAUUAUGUCCCAAACAAGAUUCUGAUUGGAUUUCAAACUACAAAUACCAGCCUGCUUGCCUGAUAUGUUUUUCAUCUUGAAAUUUUGGCUGGAUAGCUAACUAGUUGUGUAUGCGAAUCAAUACCCAGUUCUCAUUGUCAUGAUUUGCAAAGCCUCUUCAAAGUGCAUGGUUUAAUAAGGGGUUUUCUUUUUGGUAUAUAUGGACGGAGUUGAGGUGCUUUGUUCUAUUCCAGCAGCAUAUGCAUAUUGGUGAUGAUUCAGCAUGUUGGAUAUAUAUACUAAAAUACGAAAAAAAGUUAAGUUUAACAUGUCAGCUAAUUAUUUCCUGAAAAUCAACUGUUCUCCGAAGCGACACUAUGCAUGGUCGAUAACUGGGUCUGCAAAAAAUACGUCCAGAAGUUCAUAUGUUGACUUUGUGAAUUCUCUGUACGAAUCUAUUAAUUAGUGCUUACUCUGUUAGUAUGGUGUAUAAUAUAAGUUGAGGGUAUUCAAUCGCAAAAGAUAUGUAUGUAGCAAUUCAAAUUGUAGUGAUAAUGUUCAACUUGCAUGUCGUGUGACUAACAACAUGGGGUAUUCCUUUUUUUUUUAAUUUUGCUUUGCUGGUUUGACAUUACCUGGACAUCCAAUUAUUCUGAUACCCAUGUGGUUCUCUACACCUAAAGCGCUGCAGCCAAUUUUAAAUUUUUGAUGAGAAACAUCUUAAAAGGGAUGUGAUUGCAUUAUUAUGCACUCGUGUUUUUUAUUUUUUUAUUUUUAUGAAUGACCGGUUUAGACUUGUGCGCACAUAUGAGGAAAAAGGCUUUAUAUUAUCAUUGUACUGUCCUAAUGUGUCCCUUCGUAAAUUUGUUUAACUCCUAAACCACAUCGACCUUUACUCCUGUUGACCACUGAAAAGAGCUUUUUUGUCUAGCAUAUAUAUAAAUAGUGUGGGCUAUUUAGAAUGAUAUGAUUAUGUUUCAUCUUGAAAACAUAGAUCAUUGUUUUUUUUUGUUUUUUUUAUGAAUGACCGGUUUAGACUUGUGCACACAUGAGGAAAAAGGCUUUAUAUUAUCAUUGUACUGUCCUAAUGUGUCCCUUCGUAAAUUUGUUUUAACUCCUAAACCACAUCGACCUUUACUCCUGUUGACCACUGAAAAGAGCUUUUUUGUCUAGAAUAUAUAUAAAUAGUGUGGGCUAUUUAGAAUGAUAUGAUUAUGUUUCAUCUUGAAAACGUAGAUCAUUGUUUGUACAGGAACAGAUGCUCUCCCUAGAAUGUUUCUUGUAAAAGUAGGAUGUGUCAACACACAUCUUUGGAUUAGUUCGCUGUGGCAAAAUACUUGAGACUGACAUUUUUUGACUUUUGGACACCUCACCAUUUUCAAGGAUUCGAUUAAACUCUACUUCAUUAUGUGGUUGUGUUUGUGCAUAUGUAGAUGAAAGUUCCAUCAGUGACCCCACUUGCUGAAAAUGCCACUAAAAAUGAAUGAUAGAGAUUAAGCCACUAGUUAGUAGUUAUCAAAAUUUAAUCUGAAAAUGCCAUUUUGACAAGGUCAAAGCUGAUGGACCGAUUUAAAAUGUCUAUUUGCCAUCUCCAAAAUGGCAAAUUUACAAUUUAAUGACUUCAUUGUUUACGUUAAAAAUUAUGUUAAACACUUGGUAGGUGGUGGUUGGUGUGGCAGACAGCAAAGCUGACAGUUUAGUAUGCUAUGUGGCUCACCAACUUAUCUACACUGGCAUGUAGACAUGGCAAGUCAGUAGCGGUGGAUGCGGUAGCGGUCGCAGUUAGCAAGCACAGAGCAGAGAGGUUGAUCUAGUAGCUCGGGAACAUGGCUGGUUGAUGGCUGGCUCAUGCGAGCACAUGGCUUGGUAACAGCUAUGUUUGUGAAACUAUGUGGCUGCUGACUGUUGUGGCAUGUUUAAUGUAGCAGCAGUGGCACCUACACAGCUGUUAGUGGGCAUGUGUAGCUUAGUUAUAAUGGAGAAGCAACAAGGAUGGAAUGGUGGCUGCUACAGCCUGACGGCAGAGCUAGCUGCACAAUGGCAUGAUAUAGUGCAGCGACAUUGGUGGCCGCAGGUGGUGUUGAAGCAGAUGUAGUGGCAUGCACAAUGUCGAGUUAAUGCACAGAGGCGUUGGAGGUUUAGGAAGGAGGGGAAGGAGGGAAAAGAAGAGCAGGAGCACUAAGGGAUUUAAAUUGUUUUGGCUCAGUCAACCUCGCAGGAGUGUCAUGUUUAGAAGAACAAUGAAAAAUGAUUGGCAUAAUCUUUAUUUUGCAUUCGUUUAUGUUACUUUCAGCAAAAGAGGGAUAACCAAUGGUUUUUCAAAUUUAUCCUUCGAUAUGUUUGGUGGACUGGUAAACAUCAAAUUUGUGCUUUUGGGCAAGAACAUGCUUUGUCUCCUAACAGAAUAGCUAUUUACAGAAGUGUACAAAAAGCUUGUCCAUUGUAGCAAAGCUGCUCCAAAAGUACUGCUCUUAUUCUGCAUUUGCUCUUACUUGUAUGCAUGCGGACGAAACAUUAAUGAUGCCCUUGAAGUUACAUGCACAAUGUCAUCAUGUGAAAAUUAAAACUAUGUAUUCUGAAUUCUUUUUGGGAUGGUUCGGUCAUUGUUAAGUUGAUUAGACAUCUCUGCUUAAAUUGUAGAUGAAGUGAGUAAUCCUGUUGAAUUCUAUAUUAUAUUUGAAGUUAAUUUCAUCACUUCCUUAUUCUU